AUGAAGCCAGGAGGAUCUUCAUUGAAUCCGUACGCAGCAGCUUACGUACCAAUCUCCAAAAGAGCGGGUGGUCAAGAGUCGCGGUCUGCGAAGCCUGCAACACAUCACGUGCAGCAUCAACCCUAUGUAGCUCAUGGCUUUGGAGUCCAAGGGAUGGGAGGUUUCCCUGGCUCUCAGAUGUCGACGCCAAAGACAUCCUCUGAUACGGCUUACAAGCAGAUGAGGGAUGAGGAUUUGGAGAUGGACAUGGACAUUGAGUUCCUUCUGGUCACAUUCUCUGGUCUGUCGCAUGAGUCUAUCAACGACGUGUACUUGGCCAACAAUGGUGAUCUUGAUGCAACCAUCGAAAUGCUGAAUCAGCUCGAGAUUUACAGUAAUGAAGCCGAGGAAUACCUUCCAGACACACUGGACAUUGGCGAUGUACCUGAGACCACUGAGACUUCAACCUCGACAGCUCCAAAACAAAAGAAUGCAAGUGCAUCAUCAUCAUCAUCCUCGGGUACUCCCAACGCUCCUGUCCCCUCCUCCUGA